AGUGCAGGUUCAGGGAGAAGCAAGUCUCCUUCUUGGGCCACAAGAUCGACGCAACUGGCCUGCACCCUCCCGACAAUAUGGAAGCCAUCACCGCAGCACCCAGACCAGAGACGAACGACACCUUUGGAAGGCGGAAAAUCGCCAGCAGAACUGCUGUUGGGCUUUCGUCCCCGAACCAGGCUGACGGCCUCCUUCACAGACACCAAGGAGACGGAAGGCAAUGGUUCCAAGGCACUGGCGUCAGGGGCAACAAAAGCACAUGCACGGUUUCCACCAGGAAGGCAUGUAUGGUCGCGCCAGUAUCGGGCGCGCCAGAGGUGGUUACCGGUGACAGUAGUAUCCACGACAGGAACACGUAUGGUUACACUGCAAACACCAGCGGGCCCGCAGCGGCACCGCGUGGACCAACUCCGGCCACGGCUCGACACAGAGUCGCCACCUAGCAAGCAGAGCCAAGUCCGGACCAACGACGGAACUCAGGAGAGCCCUCAAGGGGCAGAAGUUCCUCACGGUACGGACGUACGGGAUACCAGCUCUCAAGCAGACGACCGAGAGCUACCACGACGUUCGACUCGCCACCGGAAGCCACCAGAUCGUCUCACCUAUACUAACUUAGGGGGAAGGGAUGUAGUGUUAAGUGCGCUUAUUGAUGUAUAGCAUGAGCAGGACGGCUUGCACGUGUCGCAUUCUCGCUUAUCAAGGCCGGUCAUGUGACCAUUUCCGUUGGCUUAAAAACCUGUAACACCGAGCAAUAAACGUUCUAUGGU